GCUUGCGGGGGGCCGGGCCCGCGGGCGGCCGCCGCGCCGCGCACCCAUGGACGGCCCGGCCAUCAUCACCCAGGUGACCAACCCCAAGGAGGACGAGGGCCGCGCGCGGGGCGCCAGCGAGAAAGCAUCUCAAUGCAACGUCAGCUUAAAGAAGCAGAGGAGCCGUGGAAUCCUCAGCUCCUUCUUCUGCUGCUUCCGUGACUACAAUGUGGAGGCCCCGCCCGCCAGCGGCCCCAGCGUGCUUCCGCCCCUGGUGGAGGAGAACGGUGGGCUUCAGAAGGGUGACCAGAGGCAGGUCAUUCCCAUACCAAGUCCACCAGCUAAAUACCUCCUUCCAGAGGUGACGGUGCUUGACUAUGGAAAGAAGUGUGUGGUCAUUGACUUAGAUGAAACAUUGGUGCACAGUUCAUUUAAGCCUAUUAGUAAUGCUGAUUUUAUUGUUCCGGUUGAAAUCGAUGGAACUAUACAUCAGGUGUAUGUGCUGAAGCGGCCCCACGUGGAUGAGUUCCUCCAGAGGAUGGGGCAGCUCUUCGAGUGUGUGCUCUUUACUGCCAGCUUGGCUAAGUACGCAGACCCCGUGGCCGACCUGCUGGACCGCUGGGGUGUGUUCCGGGCCCGGCUCUUCAGAGAAUCAUGUGUCUUCCAUCGUGGGAACUACGUGAAGGACCUGAGCCGCCUGGGCCGGGAGCUGAGCAAAGUGAUCAUUGUGGACAAUUCUCCCGCCUCGUACAUCUUCCAUCCUGAGAAUGCAGUGCCUGUGCAGUCCUGGUUCGAUGACAUGACGGACACAGAGCUGCUGGACCUCAUCCCCUUCUUUGAGGGCUUGAGCCGGGAAGACGACGUGUACAGCAUGCUGCACAGACUCUGCAAUAGGUAGCGCCGGCCUCUGCCUGCCUCCCGCCUGGUCGCUCUGGAGCCUCUGGCCUCGGGGAUCCACCCAGCCUCAGCUCCCUGGGAGCGGAAAGUGAGGACACUCCGUGCUCCAGGCCACGGGGUCCACGUGGCCAUACCUACCUGUUUUAUUUUUUAAGAACAGAAACAACUAUUUUAAAAUGAACUCUUUUAACAGAUUUCAUAAAGGGACAUGCGUUUUACUGGAUUUGCUUUUCGUAAAACAUACCAAAAAGAAAAAAAUGGAAAAAAAAAAAAAACAAGCUUGAUAUCUAUGAGACUUCCUAUCAACUGUUCCCCACCCCCACCCCCCUCCAAGCAGACAACCUGUCCCUUUCUAUCCGAGCUUGGAGCAGCUGACCCAACUCAGAAUCUCUUUCCUACAGGAUGAAGUGCCUUUUUGAAUGUUAUUUUAAGCUGAGAGUUAAUUUUUCUACACAACAUAUUUCCAGACAUCUUUUAGUCUUUUAUUGUCUUAGAUUCUCUAAAAAAGACAAAUAUGACAAUUUUCUAGAACCUGGGGGGUGGGGGGGUGGCUAGGGAUGGAGGUGAGUCAUAGAAGCCUGUCUCCCAACAGGCGUGCUGCAGGGACAGGCUCCUGAUAGGAGUCUCGGUGACCAUGGCGGUGUCUCCAUUAAUCACUGACCCAGUUUGGAAUGUAUCCGCGGUUGUGUGGCUCAACACUUUUGGAAACAAUAGAUACUUUUAUAUUAUUAUAUUAUUUCAGAUGGUGACAGUUUUGUCUUGAGGUCACACUUCCCCCUUGAAAAGUGGCAUCGUCACUUCCGCUUUCACACUACUGCCAUACUUCUGUAUGUUUUUUGUUUUGUUGUUGUCGUUCUGGGUGGAGCAGUUAUAAGAAACUCUGAAACCCUUGGAUAUUUAAAGAGAAAAAAAAAAUCUGUGUAUUGAUUUUUAAAUCUUUCCUUUCCAAAAGCUGGAUACACACGGAGCUGUUUGGGAAUUUUCUUUGCUGCUACUGCGCUGCCACCAAAUGGAAUUGACCAGCGGCUGUUACACUGUUCUUUGCCACUGUGCCUAUGCUCAGAAUCCGCUCACUGCUAAGCUGCAGAUUUGGACAGGGUCAGGAAAGUAGGUGUCCCGCUCCCCUGCAGACUGCACCAAGUGUACCCCUUCCCUGGCACUGGCCGUGGGAGUCCAGAAGGGAACAAAGAGGCAAGGGCCAGCACACCACACAGGCGUGGCAUUCAUUCUAGACCACAGUCAACAUCAGAUACUGUGAUGAGCUGACUAUUGUUCCUUGAGAAUCCGUGGCCUCAACCAGCCACCGCACUGAUGUGGCCCAGGUCUGCUCCUGGACUUCUCUCUUGAAGCACAGCCUAUUUCUGAGCCGGGGUUGGGGAAACCUGUCCAUAUGUGGAACUCAUUGCCCUGAGCUGGGGAGAGGCAGGGUGCCCUCCCUGGGCUAGGGCUUCCCUUGCAGCCUUUCCCAGUGAGCUGUUUUAAGCAGUGCCAUGUUCCUCGUUUGACAAGACAGUCUAUAAAGUAUUGCUCUUAAAAAUAAUUUAAAAGAACCCUUUCAUGUCGGCACCAUUGCCUUAGUCCUCUGUGGGUUGGGCCUCCGCCAGAGUUCUGUGGGAGCAACUGGCACUAACAAGUCUGGAGAUGGGGGGGUGGGGGGGUGAGGUAAAAUUUUGUUCUUCCUUUCAUUUACAAAAUAAUGAAGCCAGCUGCCAAUCACGUCCUCCCAAACAGCACUUUCAGCUGUGGACUGCCAUGCAUUUGGAAGAGAAGUAUUCAGGGGUAACCAGGUGCCCCAGCAUUCUGCAUGUGCAGAAUCCAGUAAUCCCCAUGCCAGUUCCAGUAGAAACAGCCCCAUGCUAGGCAUGACCACAGGGAAUGGCAGUUUUACAUGGCAGAUCUGCAUAUGCCCUAAACCUUGAUUUGGAAAACUAGUCAUUAAUGAACCCACUGCCUUAAAUGUCUUGAAUGUUGCAGUCAAGUGUCUGUCAUGUGUUGAAACCCACACAAAGAUCAGUCCUGGGAACAGCCUUUCACCCUCCCCCCUGCCCUUUCUCUGCUGGCAUCAUGAGACCUUCCCUGGAAUAGGGGGCAGAGAGGACUGAAAUUCCAGAGUAUUUCAGGGGAAUCGAACCUAGGAACAGUGUCCCACUUCUGAGAGAUGGAGUGAAGACACUGGCAAGCUUGAGCCAGACACUGCACCUAGUAGUUCCUGAAACCGUGAGCGCCAUUGCACGACUGUUGGGGAUGGAGCCCGGUUCCAGCCAUCGCAGACAUAGAAUGUCUCAGGGGGGCCAACAGACCCCCUGAGGGUUCUGGAUUCUGUGCACCUUAUUUGACCAUACUCCAAAAUGCCAUUUUUAUUUUAACCCUUUAUUCUGCUUUAUGUACAUAAUCAGAAUAUCUAUAUCUCUCUAUAUAUUUUUAAUCCUCUACGUGUAAAUGAAGCAAUAGAAUUCUAACAUAAGGCCAAGAAAUGAGAUGAAUGUUUGGGAUUUAUGUUUUUUAAGGUAAAUACGGGUAUUGUUUUUAAUUAUUACCUUUUAUUAAAUUGUGGGCUUUAAAACCUGAUGAACCCUAUUAGCUGUUUCUCUGUGCCAUAUGCUUCCCAUGUUACCAAAAUACCAUCUCACCACCCCACUCUAACCAAAAGAGAAAUCCAGCCUCCUGAGUUUCUUGUGUACCGGGUUAAAAUAUAGUCUCCCGGACAAGUAUUUUUCUACAUUAAGAUCUGGGCCAAGAUACCUUGGGUUGUGGACUCGGGCCCCUAUGAUGGGAUGACAUCUCUGGCCGGGCCUGAGUGGUGGUGCCCGGGCACAUCUGAGGUUGUCACUGUUCUGUCUCCUGUUGCUCUGGAAUCCUGUGUAUUGGUCUGUGGCUUCACCCAUUAGCUGUUUGUAAGCGGUGUAUCUGUAUCCUAAGGGGGAGGACCACUUGUCAACAGCCGAUGGUUGGUGGGGAAGCUCCUUAGACACUGCAGUUUUGAUGAGGUGACUUUGGAGACGUGAAGAGGCUGUGAUGACACUGACUUGUCAUGGUCGCAGCAUUUGAACUUCUGGUAUAAAAAAGAAAUCUGUAAAUCUAUAACCUGGCAACAUUUUGCAAUCCUAUAUUUUAAGGACAGCUCUCUAAUAAAAUCUAGAACCACACAGCCCUAUAUGGACAAACACUUGUGACGUUUGUGCCUCCGCUUUUAAAGGUGCUGUGAUGGACAGCUGGCAUGCCGGGGCUCCAGAGGAGGGGAUGGCUUGAAGUGCGAGCAGUUACCUGAGCAGAAUCUGUUGGCUGCCUCUGUACCUAUCUCACUGUAAGAUUGAUGCUAUUGUCUGUUCUGUUCCUUCUCCAGGGAGCUUCUCUAACCCCCCCCCAGCCCCCUCCCCCGGUAGUGGGGAUUCUGGUGCCUGGGUAGUCGUGGAUUUCUGUUGGACAUUUGAAUGUGACAAACAAGCCAGCAUUACAUGGGAAAUACUACAUGUGGAAUGUGCACGUUUCCAGGGGCGAGAGGGUUGCGAUGAUUUCCUUCCUGCCAAAAAUAAACACGUGAAGCCGC